CGACCCUGGGCCGGGAGGGCGGGUCCGAGCCCAGAAGAGAAAGAGGCGCAGAGGCUGGCGGGUCAUGCCCUGGUCGCCACGCGCCGCUCUCUUCUGGGACCUGGUCCUGGGCGUAUUGGGCACCCUCGCCUUCGUGAUCGACCUGGGCGCCGACCUGUGGGCCGCGAGCCAGUAUGUGCUCAGCGGUCGCUACCUGUGGGCCGCGCUAGUGCUGGCGCUGUUGGGCCUCGCCUCAGUCGCGCUGCAGCUCUUCAGCUGGGUCUGGCUGCGCGCCGACCUCUCCAGCCCGCACGCGCCGCGGCCCCCAGGCCACUGCCUGGCGCUGUUGCAUGUCCUGCAGCUGGGCUACCUGUACAGGUGCGUGCAGGGGCUGCGGCAGGGGCUGCUGGUGUGGCGGCAGGAGGUGCCCUCCGAGUUCGACUUGGCCUAUGCCGACUUCCUCUCCCUGGACAUCAGCAUGCUGCGGCUCUUUGAGACCUUCCUGGAGAUGACACCGCAGCUCACACUGGUGCUGGCCAUCAUGCUGCAGAGCGGCAGCGCCGAGUACUACCAGUGGGUCAGCAUCUGCACGUCCUUUGUGGGUAUCUCGUGGGCACUGCUUGACUACCACCGGGCCCUGCGCACCUGCCUCCCCUCCAAGCCCCUCCUGGGGCUGGGUGCCUCCGUGAUCUACUUCCUGUGGAACCUGCUGCUGCUGUGGCCCCGAGUCCUGGUCGUGGCCCUGUUCUCAGCCCUCUUCCCCCGCUAUGUGGCCCUGCACUUCUUGGGCCUGUGGCUGGUGCUGCUGUUCUGGGUCUGGCUUCAGGGCACGGACUUUAUGCCAGAUCCCUGCUCCGAGUGGCUGUACCGGGCGACGGUGGCCACCAUCCUUUAUUUCUCCUGGUUCAACGUGGCUGAGGGCCGCACCCGAGGCCGUGCUACCAUCCACCUGGCGUUCCUCCUGAAUGACAGUCUUCUGCUGGUGGUCGCCUGGGUGACUCAGAGCACCUGGCUGCCCAGCGGGUGCCUGUUGCAGAGGCUGCUGCCCGCGGCCGGCGCCUGCUUCCUCCUGGGGCUGGCUCUGCGGCUGGCCUACUACCGCUGGCUGCACCCCAGCUGCCGCUGGGAGCCUGACCAGUUGGACGGGACCUGGGGUCUGCGCUCCCUCGAGGGGCGUCAGCUGCCUCAGAACAGGCGCAUGGCCCAUUUGGCUAAGAACUUUUUCCCCAAAAGUAGGGAUGAGGGUGCUUUGCCGUGGAAGGGAGAGGUGAAUGGUGUCCUUUGAGGCAGGCUCAGACCCCGACAGGGCACUGAAGGCCAGACGGAAUCAGUCGGUAGAAUAUAGAAGAUAAGCUCCUGAUGCUGCUAUGGGCCUUGAUUCACUCAACGAGCACUUGAUGCCUGAUCUGUGCCAGGCGCUGGAGACCAGAGUUGAGGAAGACAGAGGCCUGCCCUCAAGGAUGAGAACAAGAUUGAGAAGGGCUGGGCCCUGGAGGGUCAAGGGCCCCAAUUAUGUAUGAAACACUUUGGGAGGAAAGAAGAGACCCCCCCCCUUCCCUUCCCCCCAAACAAGUAUAACCCCAAAGCAUCCCAGUGUUGGUAUUUUUACCUCCCUGGCUCCCUCUAAAAUAAUUGGUGGAGCUGCUGUCCCACCCUUGGUUCCCCUCUCCUGGGCUGGAAGGCCCCAGGACCUCCAGGAUGUGUUCUCUGGAAUUCUUCCUCCCCUGCCCCACCCCAGUCAUUCAAUUCAUUCAGCAAAUGUUUACUGAGGGCCUUUUAUGUGUCAGAAGCAACAUUCUAGCCUUGGCAGAUCAGCUGCCAUUCCAGCUUCAUCCCUUACCCUCUCCAGCUACUCCAGGACAGGUUCUCAGGCUGGAAGCCAGGGAUGCCUGACUGCCUGUCAGCCCUGUCAGCCCCUCCAAGGCCUUAGUGCAGCUGGCCCGGCCUCUGCCCCUGCUCUCAAGGGGUGACCUUUCAACCAAGUGCCUUGUGAACCUGUGGUCUGGGCCAUGGCUCAGCCCGUUGAGUAUGGUUUUGUGCUUCAGGCAGUGUACUUUCUACCUCAGUCUGUGUGGGUGGAAGAGGUGUGUGUAUCUGCGUCUCUGUAAGCGAGAGACACGUGUGUUGUCUUUGUUGAACAGUAUUAUUAGAUUAUUAUUAAAACCUCAUGAAAUCCCCUAGCCUAGUUGUGUCAUUAAAUCCACCGCCAAGUUCAAAGCUGCCUGGAAAAAAGGGGUCAGGGACGCUAAGUCCUCCUCUCAAAGUCGGUAAAGGCCCUGGGGCCAGAGAAGAGGGCUGGCUUAGGCGAGACUUCUUAACCUUGUUUUCUAAGCGUCAGGAGCUGGUGAGCCAGUGUGGUGUUGACCGCUCAGGUGGGCAUCAGAACCCAGAUCUGGGCUG